UCAAUGGCUGAGGGUCGCAAAAGCGCAUCCUGAAUGAAUCUCCGGUCCGCUGCAGUUGUCGACGGAAACGAAAGGAGAUACACGAUAUCCCGGAAACUGUUGGGAUUUCAAGAUGGCAGACCGUGCCAACAACUUUCCUCCCCUGCCCCAGUUCUUCAGAAUAAAGCCAUGCUUUUAUCACAACAUUGAAGAGGAAAUACCUGCACAGCACCAGCAGUUGGUGCGCAGAGUCUACACUCUUUGGAUGAUGUAUUCAGGCACACUGUUUCUAAAUGUGAUCUCAUGUAUUGCUUGGUGGGCUGGGGGUGGAAGUGCCACAAAUUUCGGCUUUUCACUACUCUGGCUCCUACUGUUCAGCCCGUGCAGUUACACCUGCUGGUUCAGACCACUCUACAAAGCCUUACGGGCUGACAGCUCGUUCAACUACAUGACCUUCUUCUUCAUCUUCUUCCUUCAGUGUGUCUUGGCUCUAAUCCAGACUAUUGGCAUCUCUGGCUGGGGAACAAGCGGCUGGAUUGCGACAAUGAUGUUUUUCAGCACAAAUGUGGGCUCCGCUAUAGUGAUGCUUAUCACAACUCUGCUCUUCACUGUGGUGACUGCUUUAAUGGCACUGGUUCUCAUUAAGGUGCACAGAAUGUACCGAGGCGGCGGCGGCAGUAUGGAGCAGGCUAAGGAGGAGUGGAGCACCGGGCUGUGGAAGAGUGCUCCUGUGAGGGAAGCAGGUUUUAACGCUGUUGCUCAGACAGCCCAGGGCCCGAGUUUGCCCCAGUACCCUGCCGCAGUGCCGAGUUACCCCGACAACAGCCACUGGUGAUAGGAGAGAGUCACCACUAGAGGGAGACAGAUAGCUGGUCGUUUUUAAGCAGCAUAUCAUCUCACCCUGACAUGAUAAAAUGCUUAGAAAUAUUGUUUUGAUUGUUCACUUGAUCUUAGCACUGCACUUGUAGUAGAGGGUUAUCUUCCUAACAUGCCAUUACAUUUCAAUUUUUGUUUACAUAUAUUUUAUUAUCAAAUGAAUGAGAGAGAACUACAGUUUUAUGCUUAAAAAAGUCUUGCAAAUGUGCAAUUGGAAACUCAAAAAGAAUGCAAACUGUUUCAGGAUAGCAGUGUGUAUAGGAUGUGUGCCUUAUGGACCUUUUUAUGAAAGCAUUGUUUUAUGUAUUGCAAAAUCUGCAUGCUAGAAAUCAUAGUAUGCCAAACCACAGUUUUUUUGCUUUUGCAACAAGAGAGCAGCUGCAAACUGCACGUUUUUUAUCUGGUGGAAUUGAUUUCUUUGUAAUACAUGUAUUCUGUGUCAGGAGUUCAGGUUAUUUUUGAUGCGUUGUGCUUGAAAUCUCCAUGCUUGCCUACUGGCUGUAAUUUCUUGCCUUAAUAUUGCGUGCAGAUUUUGUAUGUAAAAACUAUCUUGCUUGACUUUCGCCUUAAACAGCUUUUUGUGUUAGACUGAACUUUUGCUUCAGUGAAGCAAUGUGUGGAAACAUUUCAAAAGUUUUUCACUGAGUGCUCAUGUGCCAAAACACUAACACUUUCCAUUUUUUUGAUACUGGAAAAAAGUCACUACCAAAGUAGAUUUAUUCAGUUACACUGUUUGCUUUUAGUGGUCAGCACCCUGCAGUGAAGGAUAGGGUCCUUCUGCUGUUGACAAUGUUUCAGUCGCUUUCACUUUCCCCCAGAUAGACUGAGUAUGUUUGUGUGACUGCAGUGUGUUUUCAUGCAGCCUAUCAUGGGGUUCAGACUGAACAGGAUUCUCUUAUUUCAAAAAAACUGACCUCGGGUUACAACCGAGUCGACUGACUGAAAAAAUAAUUGCAAAUGGAUUCAGCGGUGUAGUAAAAUGCACACAUGGUGUGUUAAAACACUAUCUGUUAACUGAUUAAAUGUCAUUGCAACAAUCAUAUGUGAAGAAUCUGAUUCAACCCAAUGAUUUUGGCUUUUUAUGCAGGUAAAAUAUAAGUUUAACUGCUUUUUAUUUCGGCAGAAUGAUACCAAAAGCCUAUAUGACGCUAGGCACCUGCUGGAAGUAAAAGGUGCCUGCCUCAUUAUUUGAUUUACUUUUAUUCUUGUUAUGAAAGUGUCCUCUAUGGCCAACUGCCAAAAUCAGUAUUUAAAUUGUUUUCUCCUGAUAUUUGACAAGUGCGAUAUUGUAAAAAUAACCUUAAAAUAUUGCAACAUUUCAAUAAAUAUUAUUAUUCCCAAUA